GCCCGUUUCGGAAAGAUGAGCGACGUUUUUGUGUUGUUCCAAAAAAGGAAGGUUCAAGAGUUCCUCCAGGUGCUACGGUUUAUUCAAACUCAGAAAAGCGAUUCCUCAUCGAUUCUUUUCUAAUCCGCUCGUGGUUAUCGGCUCCCUCCUGGUUCCUUCUCUUGUGAGUCUUCUCGCUGUUACCGGCCCAUUCAACUAACGUAAUCAUUAUGGAGAUACGGAACGGUUCCACACUACGUCGCGGUGGUGGUGGAAGCCGUAAGAGCGGUCGCAUCAUCAAUCCGUCGGCCGUCUACGACUUUGCCCUGCGAUGUGCCAUCCGGGCUUACCUCGGCCAGUCCGGUAGUACAUUGUCGCCUCCCAAAGAAAAGAAAUCAGUCGACCAUCGACGUUCGGUUCAUCUUGGCAUGAGUGAAAUGCUAGGCAACUUCACCGAUAAAUUUUCAGACGACAGCAAACCAGAUAAACUGACCCGUGAAAUUGUUCGGGCUCUGUUACGACGUCUAGACGAUAUCCGAAAAGGCAAGGACACUUUGAAACCAGAGUACAGAGACCCUUGCUUCAUUGCUAUCAUUGCCCAAACACGAAAAUACGUCCAGCAGCAUCGGUACCGUCCAACAGGCACCGUCAACAACCUCAUCGUGGAAUUCUUGCAAAUCAGUCAAAUGGAAUUGAAACGGAGCAACUUGACAUCAGCCGCCAAGAAUGAAGAUCUGAAGCGGUAUAUUGCCCGAUUCGCCGAAAUCCUCAUGUGCACGCUCCAGGAAGAUGCUCCUUCUUCCGCGGUUCCCGAAGUCAUGGACAAACUACUUGAACUCACCGGAUCUAAAAAGACAACGCGCCAUAAUUCCGAAAAACGCUCUCCGGCAAGUCCCUCCGUCACAUCAACCAAAGAACCGUUGGAAGCUCUGGAACAAUUUGGUUUGGUCAAAAUGGUACAGAAACUAUUUGGAGUCGAUGACGCCGAACAUCGACGUAAACUCUGCGAGCUACAGUCUAUCUGCACGGAAUCGGCAUUACUCAUCGAUCUGAAAAAAUGCAUCAACAACGUCCAUAUGAACCAACCGUUUCCUGGUCGACGAGAGGAUUUUACCAAUCCGCACGUGUAUGAGACUUGGCAGAGACGAGAAAUUCAGCAAUUAAACGAGUUGAGCAAGUCACUUUUAGCGAUGCAUCCCGAGUUAUCCCUCGGUGGAUCUGCUGGUACCGAUAUUGGAAGCUACAACCUGUUAUCGGGACAUGGCCGUCUGAACUCUGAAGGCAAACGGUCCUCCAUGUAUAAUAGUGGAUCCGAAUACGAUGUACCUUCACCGACACGAACCGAAGCUUCUCAAAGCUCCUUUACAUUUAUACCCAAUGAUCCUCGUUCGUACUUUCGUGUCCUGAUGGAUAAAUGCAUCGAUUACGAUAUGAAAGAAAUUCCGGAUUCUGAACGAGCUAAAUCCAGUGUUCUGUCACAACAAUCGGACGAUCUUCUUCGUGAGUGUUGGAUCGCUUGGCGACUUACAGCGCCUUUCCGUGCCGUGCUUUAUCUGGAGCUCGUCAAAUCCCGUUUUGACGCCAACGAACUUCGGUUCGAGGACGUCAAAGAUGCUACACGCAAUCUUGACAAAGUGAUCAAAGAAAACGAUAUGGCCAACUGGACCAUUAAUGAUCGCGAAAGUUUAAUUCGGGUCUUUGAAGGUUUAAAUCAAACGUUCCUUCAUGCUCUGGCGGAUGCUUUAUCCGAAUAUUGGAAGAUCAGUCCGCAGUGGGUAGCCGAUAUUGUCACCAUGUUGGACAGAAUCUACGACAAUCCGGCCUAUCUAGAAGAUCAUGAUAGUCCCUUGCGAGAAUUUGCAUCACUGGAGGAAGUCGUAAAGGGUGCUGCGGUGACACGAUGGACACUCCUUGAAGAAUCUGUCAAGAAUUCAGAGAACGACGAUAUGACCAAACUACUGACUCUGGCGGAUAAAUUACUGAAAGAUCUCGUAUCUCUUAGUAAGCGCAAAUUCAAGACGCCUAUUAAAGGUAUCAUCGAUGUGCCUAGUAUUGUCAUGACCCGACAAAUGUUCUUUUUUACCCUACAAAUUGAGAACUGGGCAUACCUCCCCGAAGCCAAAGAGGCCGACAUCGAAGUAACUUUUGAACUUUACCACAAAGUCCUUGGCAUCAAGCGAUUGUGCGAUCAGCAUGGUUUAAAGAAAGACAUUGAAUUGUUCAAGGUGGAACUGUGGUUCUUGCAACAUGUCCGACGGUGGAUGAUAACCACCAGUGCUGCCACACCGGAAUGGGUUGAAAAUGCUAUUAAACAGGACGAGUUUGCUCGCAUCAAUGACGUGACAUUGCAUUCCUCAUCCGUGGUGGAUCUUUUCAGUAUGUUCCAUCAAGCUGUUGAUUUUGUCCAAAAUUUACAAUGGCCCAACGAACUUCAGCUGUGUCGUUUCAUGACAGCUCUUUCCAAGGUGAUCAGUGUGGCGUUGGAACAAUAUACCUAUACCUUGGAAGAUAUGAUUACCGAUCAUAUCUACCCAAGACUUGAGCCGGAAACGGAGCAUACUUCGUCACCAGCAUCGUCGUUUCUGGAUAAAGCACGUCAUCAGCUGUAUGGCAGCUCCAAGAAACAUGGACAUCUGGUCCUCGAUUUCACACCGGAACUUUGUGUUAAGAUCAACAAUAUUGAGGCGGCUCGAGCGCGACUGGAUAGAUUAUACCAAAUUAUGGAUGUGGAUGACGUUGCGGAAUACAUGCGCGAUCAUGAUAUACCCACGGUUGACAAACCGAAACAGACCAACUUUUUGUAUUCCAUCAAAAUCGUACGUGCGGAGAAUCUUCAACCGCUGGAUAACAAUGGUUUGAGCGAUCCAUAUGUGGUAUUGGAGAUUGACGGAAAACAAAUUACCCGAACGCGAACGGUCUAUGAAACACUCAAUCCGCGCUGGGAUCAAGUGUUUGAUAUAUGGUUGACGGAGAAAACGGUCGACGUCUUGGCGGUGGUCUACGAUGAAGAUCUGAUUGGAGCCAAUGAUGAGUGCGGCGGCGUGUGGUUCAAACUGUCACCCGAUUAUUUUGACGAUUACCAAACCCAUGAACUGGUGCUUAAGCUUCAUCCUCAAGGCAAACUGAUUCUUCGCGUCAGCAUGGAAGGCGAAAAGGAUGAUAUUCAGUUUUGGUUCGGUAAAGCGUUCCGAACCCUCAAACGCGCAGAGAACGAUGCGGCAGGAUUGAUCGUGGACAGGAUGAGUCGUAUGAUGCGUCAGGUAUUAUCGCGCAAGACCUUGGAUAAGUUACUUGGAAGGGACCGUAGCUUCUUUUCCUCGUUUAGCCGAACUCAGAAACAUGUGGAGCCAAGUUUGCAAGAUUGCGAAGAUGCCAUUGCACCGCUACUGGAUUAUUUGGAACGCAACCUCAAGAUAUUAAAUGAUAACUUGACGGAAACCAACAUGCAAAUGGUGAUCUUGAAGAUCUGGAAGGAGAUUCUCAUUACGCUUGAAGGCGUACUGCUACCACCGUUAUCCGAGCAUCCCUCGGAUAUGAAACCACUAGAUGACUAUGAAUUCCACGUGGUCUUCAAAUGGCUUGAAUUGCUAAAGGUCUUGUUUAAUGGUGGUGAAGAUGGAGACGCCGUAACACUGGACAAAUUGGAGAACUCGCAAUACUAUGCGCUACUGGCUAUCAAUGUGGCCUAUAACUUGGAGACGGAUCAAUUAAUUCGUGCUUAUCAUGCGGCGUUGAAGAACCAGGUUGAGCUGAAGAUGCGAGGUGGAAGAAAGGCUGAUCGUAGUAAAUCUGUGUAUCAUUCACGAAACACGGUGCGAAAAAGGAAACCAGUGCGAAAGUCAUUAUCGAUCGAUUUACCGAAUAGCGAGACCAUUCUUCGUAUACUGCGCAUGCGCAGUGGUAAACACGUCCGAGAAUUCUUGCAUGCUGAGUUCGCCAAACGCAACAAUCCUCUCAGUACCACUACUCCUGCUGCUACUAUUGCGCCUACUGCUUCAAGUUCAACUUCUGCUUCCACGUCUCCUCCUCCCCCUCCUCCACCACCCCAUGCCGCCAACCCACAAACGCUUCAAGAAGGGUUCACCUUGCCUGUGCUUCCUGCCCAUGUCAUCACUCCAUCUGAAGAAGAGCAUACGUUACCUGUAUAAUGAAACCUGGUGUCGGCUUUUUCAUCCUGGUUCUUGUUCUUGGUUCAUGCUUUUGUUGAUUUUUUAAUUUUGUGUAAUUUAUGAUGCUUGUGUUUCUUAGGUUUGAUGCCUACUAAUGAAAUAUGCUUUAUAACAUCUGCGACUUUUUUCUUGCGUUUUUCAUGCCGCAGGACAGAUCAAUUUGAGAAAGGUCCUAAAAAAUUCUUAAAUGGAACAUCUGUGAUCAAUGAUUUCGCGACCUCGAAUGCUUGAAGUUUUACUUGAACUUGGGUAGAAGGUUCCCUGGGAAU